UUAAGUUUAUUGACAAUUAACUUUUCAAAAUUUAAAUGAUAUCUUUUCAAUAUAUUAAUAAUAUAAAAGGAAGGUUUAUAGUUGACUUUACAUACACUUUAAUUUAUAUGUAAUUAUUAUUUGGUAUUAAUGUUAAGAAUAAUUUUUGUUUGUUUAGAGUAGAGGUAACUAACAAUAUACCGGCUGAUCUAAUUUAAGUGUUCGUUAUUGGUAACUUUGUUAUGAGUAGAGAUGCAAAGUCGGUAAAUUAGCAAACUAGUAGCAUUUUUUCAACUGAUUACGAUGGUGAAAACAGAAAGACAGUUGGAUGUAGGAUUAGGAAAAAAUGAGGAAAUUGUAUUUUUUUCAAAUAGAAUGCUCUCUAUAUGUUUUACUCUAUCGUUCUUAAAUCACCAACAGAACAAAAAAAAGUCAUAUAUGCAAUAUUAGCCUGAAAUUGAAAAUAACGGAAUUAUCAGCCCAUUUCUGUUUUAGACUAGGCGGCUAUGAAUGGUUGCGAAAUAAAACUUAAUUUUACUUUUAUUACUUUAUUUGAGUGGAAGAAACAAUAUUAAAUACUCCUUUUUUUAGCAAAAACUUUUUCAUUAUUUCUCAAGAUUAGAUAAAAGCGCAGAAAAAAUUGUUCAAAGAAGACAGUGCAAAAUAAUGACAGCCCUGUCAAAUAGAAAACUAGUUGUCGAAAAAAUUAGUUGUUAAUUAUUAGUAUUGUUAUAUCAAUAGUUAUGAAAUAUUUAAGUUAAUUUCACUGUAUCACUUAUUCAAAAAUGGUUUAUUUGGCAUGAAGUCAAUCGUCUGUAAAUCUAUAUCCACAGCGCGUUCUACUAGAUGAACCAUUUUUGUCUGCGUCUUUAUCGAAUUUUUGGAAAUAGUGAAUCCAUGUUUGCAAAUAGAAGGAGACGAAAAAAUGUUUUUGUUCGUGUUCUUGUUCGUGUUAUUGUGAAGCAUUCGUGACAAUUCCAUUCAAGACAUAGUCCAAGAUUCUAAUCUAUCCUUUAAUACUGUACAUUUUUUUGUCAUUGGUAUAUUAAACAUAAAUAAUUUUCGGUUUAUUUUGUGGACUGACGAAUCAAAAUUUUCAAUUUCUGGACCCUAUAAUCUAAAAAAUCAUGAUUAUUGGUCAAGAGAAAAUUUAUUGCUAGUACACCCCCUAGAUCCAUAAGUUCGUUUCAGCCGUUUAGUGCCGUAUAAUUGGUUCUCGCAUUGUUGGUUCAUAUUUUUUACGAAGGCACGCCGACCAGUGACCGGUACAUUGCAAUUAUUACUGAAAUUCUGUAGUAGUAGGCAGAAACUCCUUUUUCAACAAGUUAGCGCACCAGCUCCAUAUCAAUAUCAAUUUUUGGCAAUCAUUUUCAAUAGUUUUGACCUCCUAGGUCGUUAUAUAUAUUUGAUUUCUAUUUGACGAAAUUUAUAUGACAAGAUACCAAUGCGUUGACGCUUUAAAGGCUGCAAUAAGAAAAAAAUUAAACCAGAUAGAACAAUACUAAAGGCAAUUCGCUCAAUAGAAAAACGUGCUCAAAAAUGUAUUCAAGUAGGAGGUGCUGUUUUAGAACACCUUAAAAUAACUUUGAUAGGUAAUGAUAAAUUAAUUACUUUUUUUGUUUUUUUUUUCUAUUUUUUGUUUCCAAGUUUCUUGCGCGCAAAUAAAACAAUUAAAGGAAAUGAAGUUUUAUUUCGCAACCACUAGUCUAAGAGAAAAAUGUGCUGAUAAUAUUGCGUGUAACCUUUUUUGUUCUGUUGGUAAUUUUCGAACGUCAGAGUGAAAAAUAUACAGGGUGUUCCAUUUAAAAAGAGUACGUUUUCCCCAUUUUUUUUCCUAAACUACAUUCAAUUGUUUUUCUGUUUUCGCUAUCGUAAUCAAUGGCAAAAAUGCUACUAGUUUGCUAAUUUUACCGACUUUUUAUAUCUACUUAUAACAAAGUUACCAAUGAUGAAUGCUUAAUUUAGACCAGUCUGUAUAUUGAUUUACUACUUACAAAUCUUCUUCUCAAGAAUUGUAAAUGAUAUUACAGUAGCCUGUGGAAGUUUCUUUGAAAAAUAUAUUGAUUUAAUCUAUAAGUAAAUACAUUAUUAUGUUAAUUAUAAUUAGUAAGCAGAGACUGAGUAAGCAUAUUUAUUUUUAAUCACAUAUUUUAUAAAUACUAUACAAUUUGAGAUCGUCUUUCGUUUGUAUUUUCAGACAUUCGCUCAUAUUAAGAUGUAGAUUAAAAAUCCCAGCAGUUUACCCGAAAUGGCAUCGCCGUCACCGGAGCUUUCAAAGGAUGAUCGUCAUUAUCAGUCCAGCAAAACUAGUGAUGAUCUUGUCAGCAGUACAUAUACACGCGCCUGUUGUCGCGAGAGUGAAAAUGAAACCGAUGAUAUCAACGAACAUACUUCUCAGCUAAGAAAGUUGGACAAAGAUGGGAUUGAAGUGUCGCCAAUACCACCCGCCCUGCCUCCUCGACCGAGGACUAGGAGCGAUAACGUUUUGGAUACUAGAUAUAGACCCCCUCCAACCGCUGGAGGAGGAGUAAAAAAAUACGUGUUCUGUUGUUGUGCCUGCGGUGGACUGGCCACGAUUUUGGGGGCAUUGUUUUUGACUGUAUAUUUUCUGCUUAGGAUGUACACUACUACUUUGGGAUACUUUGAAACGAUACCGACGUUUGUUCCUGCUACAAUGUUGAUACUGACUGGUUUAUGCGUAAUAAGUCUAGCAAGAAGGAAGAAUAGACAUAGUUAUUUGAUCAAGGCGUGUGGUUUAUGCUGCUUAGUGUGCGCAUUGACUUGCGUGUUGGUAACAAUAACUACAACCGUCAUCCACAUAAACAGGUUGCAAACUCUUCGCGAAUGUGUAUAUACCCAAAAGACUAGAACCUGUACAUGUUACUCAGUGUUAUUGGAAGCUCAGUCAAAUGCGGACGAUGGUAUGCGAUACGUAUUUGAUUCUACUCCCGACUGUGAGGUGAUUCACGGAGCGUUAUAUUCUUGCCUUAGAGCUAUAUUUGGACUUUCUGUUAGUGGAAUUUUAGUGUGCAUCUUUUCAUGUAUGCUAGUUUAUCAGUUACUGAGUCAUGAAAAAAAGAAAAUGUAUUGGGAACAAUUGGAACUAAGAUGUCGUUCAAUGUAUCAACAACAAACUCUAGCACCUAACACACACAGUACCGCAGGAGAGCCUCCAGUACCAAUGCCUGUUUAUUGCACGUGCUGUGAAGACUGUCGCUAUCCACCGAUCCUAGUUCAGCCGCAAGUUUAUUCGAGGGACGCAAAUCAUCCAAAUGACAGGUUCUGGAGUUCUGGUAGAGCAGGCAACUUUUAUUCUCCAAAUCCUGAAACCGACCCUUCACUUAAUCAGGAAAUGAACAGAUGCAGACCAGGUUGGAGUUGGAGGCGUUUUCCUUGGAACAGAACGAGUGCCGAACAGGCCAGCCCUCCUAGGGACAACUCUCUGACAUAUCAAGGAGGAGGGAGUGCCGAUAGCCAAUACGGUUUUAGUAGCAGAGCAGGAGAUAAUUGCUCGCAAAACGAUCAACUGUCCGCUUCUACUAGAUCAUACGGCGUGUUGGAUGAGAGAUCCCCUAGUGGGGGUGUGUAUUUCUGGGGCCCACCACCGCCCUAUUCCAACCCCAACUCUCCUGUUGGAAGACAAAUUCAUCAAUACAACUCAAGGUGUCCCAGUCAACAUCACCACCGUCAUCGUCAUCCGCAUACGGACGAAGUUAUUUGCUGCACCAACGAGACUCGCAAUUCGAGACUUCCGGAAGUGCGCAACAAUAAACACAAUUACGAAAACACGGGCGAGACGGAAACGUGCCAAAGAAAUUACAACAGCGAGAACACGGACACGUCCAGUUCGGCGGACAAGGCGACCCACACGCUGCCGGUUCGCAAAAUGAAGAAACGUUCGGGAAUCGCGUUCUUCAAAGUGUCACCGGAACUCGGAACCAACCAAGCCGAUACGUUCGGUCAACGCCCGAACGACGCCGAAAACGACUACCACGAACCGAACGUUCCCGAUUCGCGUCGCGAAAAUCAAGAGUGCCGCUAUCUGCCCCGACUGCAGGGGGUCGAAAACGCGGCGUUUCAGAAACACGAGAAGAACCCGCAAAAGCCGGAAACGUCCGAAUCGGAAGUGUAUUUCGCGGACGUCAGCAGCUGCUGCAACAUCUCCGUGCGGAACGACGAACAGGAUUCGAACUUGUACGACGAGGCGAUCGAAAAUCGCAAACCCGUGUUGAUGUAUUUGCAAAAACCGGCUCCCAGUAAAGACGACGCCAUGGAACCGGCGGGCAACGCGAAAAGUAGAAGUCAUCGCCCGUCGAACAGUCCGGAAGAGGUCGACUUUGGCACCGAUCCGCAUUUACUGUUGCUGCCGAAGGAUUUAUCGCAAAACAGUCUCUGCGGUAGCGUUCAAACGCCGGUGACCGACACGACCGACGACGUGGCGUCGCCCGACGACAGCUGCGGGAAUUAUUUUCAAGAUUUGCAAAACGAGCAACUCUCCAAACAUCGGGAAUUCGUAGGUAGGAAUAAUUUUCGAGCGCUCGACGCUCAGUACGAGACUAUACCGGAGCCCAGCAGUUUCUGCGGCGCACGCGGUUGCAAUAAUCCCAAUUAGUAUUCCCAAUGUUGCGCGAUAAAGACAACGAACGUGAAAAACAUAUAGCUACUUGAGAUAUAGAGGCCCUAACUAUUCUGAUAAAACGGCUCGCAACCGAAUAAACUUUCGAUCACGACCGGCGACUCUUGUCAUUUUCUAGUGAUUUUCAUUCCAUAGCGGAUACGUUUGUCAAUCUCCAAAUCGUUCUUGUGUGCAUGUCAUGUUAGAAAGAAAGCCGGAACUGGUUUGUGAUCGAUAAUAACAUUAGACUGAACUUGAUAAGGCCCUAACUUAAUCUUAAAUAAUAGAAGAAGAAAAGCCGAUUGACUCUUUUUUUGUUAGCUGUUACGUAGGAAUUACACACAUACCAGUUACGCUGAUGAAAGGGUGACUUCGAAUCCUAUCAUAUUUAUUUAUUCUCAUAAAUUAAUUUGUAAACUUUAACAAGAACUUUCCUAUUCUUCCACAUGUCUACUUACAUUAAACAACGCAACAAUUUUCACACACAUUCCUGUUAUGCUGAACUUUAAUGAAAGCGUGGCUUUGCAUCCUAUCAUGUUUAGGAGUGUAUUUAAUUUGGUGUGUAUAUUUAUUCUCAUAAAUUAAGUUGUAUAGUUCAAUAAGAACGUAUCUAGUUCCAUUAAACAACACAACAUUUUUUUCCAAAAAUCCCUAGUUCUUUGGUCCUGUUAUUUCUCGUGGACGCACAUUAGAGUAAAUUUGGUAAGCCGCUAACUUAAUCUUUAAUAAUAGAGCCUCUAGAAAAAAAAAGAUUUUUUUGUUUUUGUCUGUUUGUCCGUUCUCCGUUCUCGUCUUUUGGUUUUUCCUGAAUAACUUUCGAACGUUGGAGCUACAAAAUUGAUAUUUGCCUUCUUUUGUAAGUUUCCACGAGGCACAUAAGCUUAUCCCUGAUCGGACGCCCGUAUCCAUCUUUUUUUUUGCCAAUUUCGACUGUUUUUUCGACAUUGCUAUGAAACACGAUAAGUGUCCGAAAUUUGAAGCAAUCGACUUCAUAUUUGGCACACAUAUGCAGCUUUGCCCCGUGACGGAACCUAUUGAAAAUGGGGGGGCUGGGGGGUCGGGAAGUAUUCCAGAAAAAUAAAAAAUCGCGUGUGAAUCAGAAGAAGCAGUAGAUACGGCUCUGUAAACUUUUGUUCGUGACAAUUUUUCAAAAAUAUAUAGGGCGCGCCGCAAAUUCAAAAAAAAACUGAAAAAUGGGUCCCCAUAUUAUUGAAAAUUUUCAGUAAUUUCAAAUCUGUAUUUUAAAUGUACUCCGAAUUCGCAACUACCGACUUCAGACUUGGGGUAGAAGUAGAAGUCUGGACCCGUAUUUAGACUAUAUAUUUUUUUAAUUUUUGAAUUUGUUUUUUGUGGUUAUUUUGGCAUUCAGAAGAACAGCUAUAACUUUUGUUUUACGCAUUUUUUCCAUUAUAUACAAGGUGGCUUAGUUACAGACAAAAAUCUAAAAGAUCGUGAAAAUUGUUCUUUUAGAGAGUAAAUUAUUUACCGUAAAUCAAAAUUCGUACAAACAAUAAUCGUAAACUGUGUCGAGAGAGAGUUUAAGGUUUCGUCUAUAAUGAAAAAUAUUUGUAAAUCUAUGUUAUAUGUUCAAUAGUACAAUCUUUAUUUAUGCCAAUAACUUUAUCUAAAAGAAAGUUGAGGCGCCGGCUGUCCAAGCAAAUUCUCCGUUUCAAUAGAAAUAAAUGCAGCAACUUCUAGUUCCCACUUUGAUUGCGAUAAUAAUAAAUAAAACGUCAAUGCAUUAAAAGUUUAGUUGUCUUCCUUGGCCGAGGAAACCUCAAGUAUUCACUAAUUCCACCUUAGCGUGCGAAAAUUAUGUACAUUGCGGAAGAUGGCAAGAUCUAAAAUAUCAAAGCCGCCUGUUACCGUAUCUACGUUCUCUAUAUCAUUUAGUAGCUAUAUGGUAAAAGAAGGGGGUGAUCAGUGCAAAAAAAUAUAAAUAGAGAUAAUUGGUUAAUAUAAUUUAUUAAAACAUGAAUGUGAUCUUAGAUUGUAUUUUGAUGUAAGAUAUUUAAUUUUUUAUGUAAGUUUUGUAUUAGUAAAUUACAGUUUCGA